CGAUUCUUUUUCCUGUGGCGAUGCUUUGUAGUGGAUCUGACUCCUGACUGCAGAGGGUCCCUGAACAGAAAGACAUCAUCUAUAACCAAAGAGGAAGAGGAUUCUUUAACAAAAAAAGAAAAAAACUGUAAUCAUGUUCAGAAUCAUAACCAACUUGCUUUUUGGCAAAAACGAUAAACCCAUUGAAGAUAUCAGCUCUAUGGAAAUGGAGGAUGAGGAGUGGCAUGUUGUUAACCACCAAGAGGCAGUUACAGAUGAACACCAAAAGGGGGCGCUGCUGGACCAUCAACCAAAGCCGCCUGUUUGUGGUUCAACUGUCUUACAGGAUGCAGAAAAUAGUGUAAUCUCGUCAGAAACUCAGGAUCAAACUAAGGGAAAAAUUACAUAUCAAGCAAUCCCUGGUGUCGAUCUACCUAAAGUGAUUCCUCAUGUGGCUCAGUCUGCUUGUGUGCAAAGAGCAAAAGCCUGGGCUGAUCGGCACAGCUCCGCUCGUAAAGCUGUGCAGCGACAGAACCGCCUCCGGCACAGAGUCCAGCAGCAGGUCCUGCAUCUGCACCAGCCAGGCCCCCGCAACCUGUGCCACUGAAUCCAGCA